UAUCAAUAUUCUACUCUAUCAAAAGAAGGCAAACAUAUAAGGCUCUUGGAUUUAAGUCCCGGGGCGUUUUCAGAAAACCUCCACAUUGAACUACGUCAAGUUUCACUUGAAAAGAAGUCUUUGUAUUUCGAGGCAUUGUCCUAUGUAUGGGGCUCACCGAUCAAUCCGAGUUUCAUUACCAUCGGCUCCGAACGAAACUCAGUCAUUCUCGUAACACAAAAUUUGGCCAUCGCCCUACGACAUCUCAGAUAUACGGAUAAAAUUCGAACAUUAUGGGUUGAUGCAGCCUGUAUCAACCAGAGAGAUACGGCCGAACGGAGCACUCAGGUCUCCAUAAUGAGCGAUAUAUACCAAAUGGCAACGCACGUUAUUGUAUGGUUAGGUCCAGAUGAGAAUGACAGCUGUUACGCUCUUCAAACCAUGGCAAGCAUAGGGUCAAAAGUGGAGGUUAACUGGAUAAGCUACGCUAUGAAACCUUCAGUGGAUAUCGAUGGCAAUCAAUCCGAAAGCUUGGAUAUACUCCAAUCAUCCCUAAACCAGGACACCCUCAUCCGUGCCCUGGAUCACCUAUUCCAUCGACCGUGGUUCGAGCGCCUUUGGGUAAGACAAGAGAUUGGCCUAGCAAACGAAGCUGUCAUAGCAUGUGGCCAACUUGUCGUACCCUGGAAAAAAUUCAAAAACGCUAUCUUUGCCAUACAAAUGGAAUCUGCCAGACUGGAAAGACUCCUCGGUAGCCGUGGGAAAUAUUUUAGUCAGCGGGUCAAGCUGGUCUAUACUGUGUGUGAUCACAAAUUCUACUUGCUGGACCAUUUACGACCGGAGAUUUCUCAGAUUAGAUGCUCUGACCAGAGGGACAGAAUAUACGGCAUGUUGAGCUUACUUCAUCCAAGCCAUCAAAAAAUGGGAAUUUUGCCCAAUUACUCCCUAUCAGUACCUCAGGUCUACCAAGACACAACACUCAGGUUUAUCGAGUAUUGGAAGAGCCUUGCAAUCCUUUUUCAAUGUGAGUUGCAGGAUCCAUCGUCCAAAAUGCCGACUUGGGUGCCAGAUUGGUCCUCGGAGCCUUUAGCCAAUCCAAUUUCGGGCGUUCCAAGCAACGCGAGUGGGUAUUUGGAAGCUAUCGCAAGAUACAAAGGGAAGGGGGUACUGAGUGUGGUGGGACUGUAUGUUGAAUCAAUUGCCCAGGUCCAACCUUUGCAGUUCGGGGAUAACAUUGCCGAGUUCCAGGCUAUGGUCAAAAAGCUUUGGAGAACAAUGUGUGGGGAAAACGAGAAACCAAGGCAUUUUCGGGGGAGAUCAUCGUCCUGGACGAUGUGUGAUACGAUAUGUUGCGGCCUUUUUCGCCAUACUACUUCCCCAAUGCGCACAGACUAUCCAGUUUUCGAAGACUGUGUCCAAUUGUUGGAGUUCAUUCUUACUGUGGAGCCAGAAGAGCUUUACGCAUGGGAGUAUAGCAGUAGCUGGGAAAGCUACACCAGACAGGUCGAGGAAGUAUGCCAAAACAGGUCAUUCUUUAUCAUCACUCAAGGCUCUAUUGGCCUUGCGCCAUUGUCAGCGAGACCUGGUGAUGAGAUCUGUGUACUUCUAGGCUGCGAUUCUACCAUGCUGCUUCGACCAACUGGAGGCGGCUAUCACCAAGUAGUCGGACAGUCAUAUAUGACCGGAGCAAAUACCGGAGACGCUUUGCUUGGACCUUUACCG